GCCAAGAAGGUGGCGGUGAUGACUUCCUGGAUACUCUGUUAGGUGGCACUGACUCAUCGUCUGCCCCACCUCCCCCAUGUGGCCCUACUCCCCCAGCGACAGUGGCAUCAGUGAGGAUCCCAACUCAGGCUCCGAUCACCUGGACAGCCGUAACCCGCCCUCCAGCCCCCCCUUCCAUGCCUUCGACCAAGCCCAUCUCCCUAACCCUCACUCUAACCUCACCAGGUCUGCACUGCACUGCCUGAUGGAUGGGAGUCUGGCCUCUUCCAAGAGAGCAAUGGGGAUACCCACAACCCCCAGCUGCCCUCUGGUUACCAUCUCACUGUCAAGGACCUGCUGCURUCUGGAAUAAGAGAGACGAAUUCCCUGCAGGAGGUGGUCCUUAACGAGGACGAGAAGAAGCUGCUGGCUAAAGAGGGUGUCCACCUGCCCAGCCAACUGCCCUUUACUAAGUACGAGGAGAGGGUCCUGAAGAAGAUCCGCAGGAAGAUCCGCAACAAGCAGUCGGCCCAGGAGAGCAGGAAGAAGAAGAGGGAGUACGUAGAUGGUCUGGAGGACAGGAUGGAUGCCUGUAGUAAACACAACCUGGCGCUACAGAGGAAAGUCCACCAACUGGAGGAAACCAACACUUCUCUGUUGGAGCAGCUGGCCAGGCUACAAAUUCUUCUACCUAAUGGCUCCAGUAAGACUGCCCAGAAAGCGACCUGCAUCCUGAUCCACAGUUGA